UCUCUAGUAAGUUUUCCGAACACAUUUGCUUCCUUUUCCGUUUAACUCUACUAAGAGAACCAAAAUGGUACAACGGUUAACCUAUCGACGACGUUUGUCGUAUAAUACAAAAAGUAACAGGAGACGUGUUGUUCGUACUCCUGGAGGUAAAUUAGUAUAUCAGUACUUGAAGAAACCUAAGAAAACUCCUAGAUGCGGUCACUGCAAGGAUAAGCUACGAGGUAUUCAGCCUGCAAGACCAAUGGAACGAUCUCGUAUGUGUAAGAGAAAGAAGACAGUAAAACGUGUGUAUGGUGGUGUUCUUUGUCACAAAUGCGUUAAAGAAAGGAUUGUCCGUGCUUUUCUGAUCGAGGAACAAAAGAUUGUAGUUAAAGUAAUGAAAGCGCAGCAAGCUACUGAGAAGACAAAGAAAACCGACAAAUAAUAAUGAUUUUUAUUAAUAAAAUAAAAUAAAUAUCGAAAAUUACAAAAAAUCUA